AUGUAUUACACUACACGGAUUACACUACAAGGACCUUACCCUAAUCUCCUAAACACAGCCGCCAUCAAACUAAUUCUCAUCGUCUCCACCAAAGAUGCAGUCCACCUUUUCCAUCACACACAAGUAGCCCUAACCCUAGAAAACUUAGAUCAACCACGAUCAACCAAGAUUCUCGGGGAAGUUAAGGAAGAUCAUCAAGAAAGAAAAGAGAAAAUCCCACCGUCGCCUCCUGACCUCGGAUGGUGCGCCACAGGAUCUUCGAAGGAGCACGGAAGUGAAUGCGCACGGUGGCGAGCGUCCACCACUACCUCCUUUGCCCAAAUACCUGAUCCACGUUACCUGCCAAGCUUCUGCCUAUGUCGUCGGAGUAGCCGGAUGGUUUCCUGGAUAAACCGAUCUGGAAUCCAACAGAUUUUGAGCAAUUAA